UGAGGUCUCCUUCAUUCACUUGGGUCAGGAUGAAACCUAGGUCUCUGUGAAGCUAAUGGCUUGACCAACUGGGGAGAACAUCUCUUUCAGAAGAUCCCAUGUCAUCCUGACAACAUGGAAUAAGGAUGAAAUAAUGCAUCAUCUCGUGUUCCAGCACAGAACGGCACAGGUUUAACAACACAUCAAAAGCAUGGAGCCGUGGAAGGUAAAGUGGUGCCAAACUGCAUUAAAGCUACGGUGUAGAUGCAACCCGUGCUGCAGAAGAAGUCAAGGGCAAACCCUUUAUGAACAAAUCUUUGGGCGCAACUCUUCCACUGGGGGAAAAAGACAAGAAAACAAGCUAGAUGACUUCCUAAAAGGAAAGAAGAUGUUAUGUUGGGGAUAUUGGUCUUUUGGAUAUCCUGGGACAAGUAGUACCGUCCAGCCAAUCAUCCUGGAGCCUCGGACCAGUGGUUUCAUUCAUGAGAGGAGUGUGAAGGAAGUGGCUUGUGGUGGGAACCAUUCCAUCUUCUUGCUGGAGGAUGGGGAAGUCUAUACCUGUGGCGUGAACACCAAGGGACAACUAGGACAUGAAAAGGAAGGGAGCAAGCCAGAGCAAAUUGGAGCACUAGCAGAUCAGCACAUCAUCCAUGUUGCCUGUGGGGAGUCUCACAGCCUGGCCCUCAGUGACCAAGGGCGGCUUUUCUCCUGGGGGGCUGGCAGCGAUGGCCAGCUUGGCCUCACGACAACAGAGGACUCAGUGGCUGUGCCAAGGUUAAUAAAAAAGCUGAACCAAGAGAUGAUACUUCAGGUCUCCUGUGGCAACUGGCACUGUUUAGCUCUUGCUGCUGAUGGACAAUUCUUUGCUUGGGGACAGAACAGCCAUGGACAGCUUGGACUGGGCAAAGAGUUCCCUUCCCAAGCCAGCCCUCAGCGGGUCAAAUCGCUUGACGGGAUCCCCUUGGCUCAGGUCGCUGCUGGAGGAGCCCAUAGCUUUGCCUUGUCUCUCUCUGGAGCUGUGUUUGGUUGGGGGAAGAAUACCUCAGGACAGCUGGGGUUGAGCGAUGAGCAAGAUCGGGAGUCUCCAUGCCAUGUGAAGCUCUUAAGGACUCAAAAGGUUGUCUACAUUAGCUGCGGAAGUGACCACACUGCUGUCCUGACAAAGACUGGAGGAGUGUUCACCUUUGGUGCCGGUUCAUGUGGGCAACUGGGUCAUGAUUCCUUCAAUGACGAAGUCAACCCCAGAAGAGUUUUGGAGCUGAUGGGCAGCGAAGUGUCCCAGAUUGCAUGUGGUAGACAGCACACUUUAGCCUUUGUGCCUUCUUCAGGACUUAUCUAUGCAUUUGGCUGUGGAAUCAAAGGCCAGCUGGGAUCUGGGCAUACCUGCAAUCUGAAAUGUCCUUCUCCAGUCAAAGGCCACUGGGCAGCUCACAAUGAGCCAGUUUCUAGAAGAGCUGAUGCCUGUAAACAUUACGUUGUUAAACAUAUCUUCUCUGGAGGAGACCAAACAUUUGUCCUUUGUUCUGAAAGAGAGAAUUCACCACCAGCAGAUGAUUUCCGGACCAUUAAUCAAAGUGCUUAUAUCUGUUCAAUUAAUGAUGAUACGAUAGAUACGUGGAGACAAAAGCUUUCGGAAAAGAAGAAUCCUAAUUCAGUGAACAGUGAGGUUGUCCAGAUCCUGUCCUCAGCUGCCUGCUGGAAUGGGAGCUUCUUAGAAAAGAAAAUAGAUGAACAUUUCAAAACUAGUCCCAAAAUUCCAGGGAUUGACUUGGAUUCCACCAGAGUGAUGUUCGAUAAACUAAUGACAUCUCAGCAUGCUAUCUUGCUUGACCAGAUCUCGAAGAGUUUUGAAAGCUUUUUGAUCCCACAGCUGCCCAGCUCCCCACCAGAUGUUGAAGCCAUGAGAAUUUAUCUGAUUCUGCCAGAAUUCCCACCAUUUCAAGAUUCAAAGAACUAUGUCACCUUGACACUUCCAUUGGCAAUGGCCAUAUUGCGCCUGGACAGGAACCCCAGUAAAGUUUUAGAUAACUGGUGGUCUCAGAUAUGCCCCGGAUACUUCUUGAGGUUGGUGGACCUCUAUAAAGGGGCUGUUGUUUACCUCUUGAAUGGAAGGAAAACAUUAUUGAUCCCUGUCUUGUACAGUAGUUACAUUACAGCUGCACUGAAACUUCUGGAGAAACUUCACAAAGUCAAUCAGAAAGCGAGGCAUGUAGAAUAUGACAAGUUUUACAUCCCGGAAAUUUCCAGUCUGGUGGAUAUUCAGGAAGACUAUCUGAUGUGGUUCUUACAUCAAGCUGGAAUGAAAGUGAGACCACCUAUCAUGCAGGAUGCUGUGACUCUGUGUUCUUAUCCAUUCAUCUUCGAUGCACAAGCCAAAACGAAGAUGCUGCAGACUGAUGCAGAGUUACAGAUGCAGGUGGCCAUCAGUGGAGCAAAUUUACAGAAUGUUUUCAUGCUUCUCACGUUGGAGCCUCUUUUGGCUCGAAGUCCUUUCCUGGUCCUUCACGUCCGUCGCAGCAACCUGGUUGGUGACGCUUUGAGGGAGUUGAGCAUUCAUUCUGAUAUUGACUUGAAAAAGCCUCUCAAGGUCAUCUUUGAUGGCGAGGAAGCUGUUGAUGCUGGCGGAGUCACAAAGGAAUUCUUCCUUCUGCUGCUAAAAGAGCUCCUGAAUCCCAUUUAUGGGAUGUUCACUUUCUACUCUGAAUCAAACCUGCUGUGGUUUUCAGACACUUGUUUUGUAGAGCACAACUGGUUUCAUCUAAUUGGCAUAAUUUGUGGCUUGGCGAUCUACAACUUCACUGUGGUUGAUCUUCACUUUCCAUUGGCUCUCUAUAAGAAACUUCUGAACGUGGCGCCUUGCUUAGAAGACUUGAAGGAGCUGUCUCCCAUGGAAGGAAGGAGUCUUCAGCAGCUUUUAGAUUAUCCUGGGGAAGACGUGGAGGAAACAUUUUGCCUCUAUUUUACAAUAUGCAGGGAAAGCUACGGUGUGACCGAGCAGAAGAGCCUCAUUCCCGAUGGAGACAAAAUCGCAGUACAAAAAGACAACAGACAGGAAUUUGUUGACGCCUAUGUAAAUUACAUCUUCAACAUUUCCAUCCACGAGUGGUACACAGCUUUCUCCAGUGGCUUCCUGAAGGUGUGUGGUGGCAAGGUGUUGGAACUGUUCCAGCCAACUGAGCUGAGGGCUAUGAUUGUUGGAAGCAGCAACUACAACUGGAAGGAGCUGGAGGAGAGCACAACUUACAAAGGGGACUAUUCAGCCACACACCCAACUGUGCAGAUGUUUUGGGAGAUCUUUCAUGAGUUUCCGCUAGAAAAAAAGAAAAAAUUUCUCUUGUUCCUGACUGGCAGCGACCGGAUCCCCAUCUAUGGCAUGUCAAGUUUGCGAAUUGUCAUCCAGUCGACGUCCAGCGGAGAGGAGUACCUGCCCGUUGCUCAUACCUGCUACAACCUCCUCGACCUGCCCAAGUACAGCAACAAGGAAAUCCUGAGCACACGACUCAUGCAAGCCAUUGACAACUAUGAGGGCUUCAGCUUGGCAUGAAAGCCAGCUUCAACAUAGACAAUUGUGUAUAGAAAGAAAAUACUGUCUUGUUUUUUUUAUUUUUGUAAAGAAAUGAUAUUAAUAAUGUUCAGUGAAGCGAGAGGGAGAGUAUAGGAAAUAGAACUGCAGCAAAGUCUGGUUCACUUUCUUUAAGAUUUCAGCUUUGAUGUUUUCAACUUGUCCAUCAAACUGUUGGAAGUUCUUUUAUGCUUAUUGGCUGAUAUUUAUUAGAAGUUUAUUUUUCUUCCCUGCUCUUCCAGUUCAGCUCCUGUUCAAAAUACAGUCAAUGUUUUGAAAUAACUAUCUGAAAAGGUGGAUUGUGAUAACUUGGAUAGAAAAUAUAUAUAUAUAUAUAUAUAUAUAUAUAUAUAUAUAUAUAUAUAUAUAUAUAUAUAUAUAUAUCUAUCUUUCACCUGUUUCUCCACAGCUGUGAAUGUCCUUUCUGUUUCUUCUCUUUUCAUUACAGACUUUCUCUGUUGUCUUCUUGCACCUUAACUCCCACCUCUGCUGUUAGUUUUUGAGGUGAAACAGAAGUAUUUUCCUUUUUCUCUCAUAGCAGGCAGCUUUGUGACAGAUAAUAUCUGCAAAUAGUUGUUUAAGGGAAAAGGGAGAAAAAAGAUGGUUAAUGAAGAUUUUGAAGUUGAGGCUGAAGUUUGAAUGAAGUUGUAUUCCUUUCUCUUUUGCUUCAGCUACAGAAAAUGAAAUGAUUAAAUAAUAUAUCUACCUUUCUGUUGAGCCACAGAAAUUUCAGCCCUUUGCUUUGUAGCAAAACAGAAAUAGACAAAGGUCCUUAUGGACCUACAUGACAGUACCUUGAAAUAUUACUUUUUUAUAUGCUUAAAGGAGAAGAGUCUAUUUAAACGCACUGUGUUUUUCUCUCCUAUUUCCUAGAUUCUGUUCAGGAACAGGAUCCUGAGAGUGGUCCAACAUGUUUCAUGCACCUUUUAAUAGAUGGGGAGGCCUGUCUCUGCUUCCCAUAAGCCAGGGUCCUUGUAUGCACUGUAAGGGCAGGAGGGAAGAAAGUUGUCCGUUUUCUGUACUUCUUCCUCAUAACACACCCUGCAACAGCUUUUUCUUUUCCCCCAGUGUCAUAAUGAAUGCCACCCUAUUUGUUUCCAAGAUCUAGUGUCAAUCUGAUUCAAGCCUCAUUAUUUAUAUAGCAGGGUAGUCCAGCUCCAGUUAAGUCCUGACUUAAGUUCCCAGAAAAGCAGUGAAUGGAGUGAGUUGGAAGGGCAUGUCAGGGAGGGCAAAGGGUUAAAGUCUCAGUCCAGUCCAGCUCCAAUUUCCUUCUGACUGUUGUUAUCUUUAUAGAAAUGAGUCUCAAAAAGUAAUUCAGUCACAAUUUAACCGUCUUUGGAUUUGAGCCCAUUUCAAAACCUUUUUAACAAAUGCUUUGCAAGGUAACAUUUUUUCCCCCCAUUGCACCUCCCUGAUGGAAAUACUGUGAAGACAUUUGGGGAAAACCUUUAAAAGAACUAAAUAAUAGCAUUGAUUUGCUACUUGGGUAGCUGUUCAGAUCUCUUUAUACUACAGCAUUAAAUAUGGCUGUGUCAAAUGUUUAUUUUAUAUUGUGUGUUGUACAUAGCCCAGUAUUAUGCAAUAAAUGUAAUGUUUCCUUCAGAUUUUAUACCUUGUUUGCCUAAAAGGAGAAAAUAAAUUCUCUCUCAGUCCUGCUUU